AUGGGCGCUACAACACUUACGGGCAUUGUGACCAAGGCGGGUUUCAUGGCGAAAACGGUCACCAUGACCGUGGCGAAGGUCAAGACACAUCCUAAGCUUCACAAGACAUACGUGCGUCAUAACAAGUAUCUCGUGCAUGACCCCGAGUCCUCACUUUCAAUUGGUGAACUCAUUCGCGCUCAGGCAUGCCGUCCACUUUCUGCUCGCAAGCGUUUCGUUGUGACAGAACGCCUUGGCUUCCAGCAUGGCGCAUCGACUGAUGCUACUACGCAAGCCGAUGCUGAGCGCCUUCGCCGUGAAAGGACAGAGGCUUCUAUGCCAGCUGCACAACGCGAAUGGCUCGAUAUUGAGCAGCGUGUGCGCGAUGAAUCCCUUCUCAUUGAAGAUACCAAAGCCUUGCUUAAGAAAUAUCCGACCUUUUACAAAAAUGAACAUUGGCUUGCAACGUGCAAUGUCGCCUGCGUUUUCAUUCCAUAA